UUCUUGACACUUGACACACUAGGAAGGUAGAAGGCAGCAUGGAUUGUCGUAAACUUCUUAUUUACGUAAUCCUGAUCAGUUUGAUAGCUGCCUCUAUCGCUUCCUCCUCUCGUAAAUAUGGGAAGAAGAAGAAGGAGAACAGGAGAAAGCUACGAUAUAUGUUGAAUCACUAUUUGGAGAUGAUGGAUGAAGAAGAUAGAAAGGAAAGAGGAAGUGAUUCAAGUUCAAGUUCCAGUUCGAGUUCAAGUUCCAGCAGUGAGGAGGAGUGUGGUGGGUCAAGUAGUGAAGAAGACUGUAAGGCGCCUCCAAUACCAGUACCUCCAGCUAUCAGUGCAGAUCAAUAUGUAGGAGAUAUCCUCUGUGCCUUUUGUUUUGAAAUCCAAGAUUUAAGAGUCAGGAGGGAUUGCAUAGCAUCAAACUGUGACUGAAAGGGGAGGUCUAGUUUUCGGAGGCAAUUAAACCUUCUCUAAAUAGAAGACUUAAUAAUUCAUUACGUGCUUAGAAUAUUAUAGUUAUCGCAUAUAUAUUUUAAAAUACGUAGGUAUGAUAUUGACAAUUCGACAAUAUGCUCAACAGAGAAUCAAACGAAAACUCUUAUUGUUUUAAUUGUAGCUGAAAUGAGACUUAAUUGAGUUUCACUCAUCAAAGCUUCUCCGCCAUUCCUUAACGAUGCUGUGCGUUUUAUUAUUUUCGUAAAAUUAUCAGUGUAACCUUUCUCAAUUGCCCAACCCAGCAAAUAUCUUGUAUUUUAUUAUCGUUGCAUGUAUCUAUUUUUUCUAGCAGUGUUAUUGUUUAUAUUUUCAAAUUUAUGCAAAUUGGUUUCGUUUUACUUAUAAUACAGAAUAAAACGUGUAUGUAAUGGAAUAAAAACUAAUCUAUGGAAUGAUUAAGUGGACAAGUAUAUUUUACAGUAAAACAUUAUAAUAUACAAUGUUCUCAUUACUUUCUGAGGAACUAAACCACAAUAUAUCUUUAAAAGUAUAACAGUGAUAGGAUUCGUCAUUAAAGAUAACUGAACUUAAAAUUCUUGCUCCUAGAAAUUUAAAACUGUUGAGCUAUAUUUUGUACAAUUUGCCAUACAUCAUUCCUUUUAAGGGCAAGGGUUAAGCUAUGUAUAUUCACUUUUCCGGUAAUCAUACCACAAUGUAAAUGCUUGACGAAUUUUCGUUUGUUAUAAACAUUGCAUUGUGUAUUUAUUUUGAUUUAAAAUAGCCAGUAGAUAUUAAUAAAUCAUACAUAAAGGUA